AUGGCAGAAGCAACAAAAAGGUAUGCACUAGUAACAGGAGCUAACAAAGGAAUUGGCUUUGGAAUAUGUAAGAAACUGGCUUCAAGUGGUGUUAUUGUGAUUCUCACAGCUAGAAAUGAGAAAAGAGGUUUAGAUGCAGUUGAAAGCUUGAAAGAGUUAGGUCUCUCAGAUUUUGUGGUUUUUCAUCAACUUGAUGUCACUGAUCCUUCAAGUGUUUCUUCUUUAGCUGAGUUCAUAAGAACCCGAUUCGGAAAACUCGAUAUCUUGGUGAAUAAUGCUGGUGUUGCUGGGGGAAUAGUGAAUGGUGAGAAUGUUCUUAGAAAGAUGAGAGGUGAAAUAUCUGAUUGGAAUAUGGUAGUUUGUCAAAAUUAUGAGUUAGUGAAAGAAUGUGUUGAAACAAACUUCUUUGGUGCUGAAAGAGUAACUGAAGCUCUUCUUCCCUUGCUCCAACUAUCUACUUCUCCAAGGAUUGUUAAUGUCUCAUCUAGAACUGGACAAUUGAAGUGUAUGCCAAAUGACUGGGCAAGAGGAGUAUUUAAUGACAUACAAACUCUUACAAAUGCAAAACUUGGUGAAGUCCUCGGAAUGUUUCUGAAAGAUUACAAAGAAGGAGCAUUGGAAGACAAAAACUGGCCAACAUUUCUUUCUGGUUACACAAUGGCAAAAGCAGCUUUGAAUUCAUACACAAGGUUGCUAGCAAUGAAGUUUCCUCAUUUCCGCAUAAAUUGUUUAUGCCCUGACUUUGUUAAGACUGAUAUUAAUGAGAAUACUGGAUUUUUAAGCAUUGAUGAAGCUGCAGAAUAUCCUGUGAAGCUAGCUUUGUUGCAAGAUGAUGCUCCAUCUGGUCUCUUUUUUCUAAGGGGUGAAGUCAUUUCUUUUCAAUAA